AUGACCAAAAACGGAGGCCACGGUGUAGAGCCUUUGAAACCAACGGAAGAGGAGGCCAGUUUGGAGUGCUCCACUUCGGCGACGUCACAGGAGGUUCAGGAGGAGCGGCAAGUGUCACGGGAGCGCUCCUCGAAGACACGCUGGGCAGAUGUGGAUUCGGAUGAGGAUGAAGAUCAUCAUGGCUUUGUUGGCUUCAACGCCAAGACAUCAUCGCCGGACAAGAUGCCUGUGCAGGGUGAGAGCGAUGAGGACCACGAUGAAGAUGACCAAGACGACAGCGAAAAUGAUGAAGGUUCGGAUGAGCCACCAGAGGAGGAGUGGCAGGAGGUCAAGAGGGAGAAAAAACCAAAGGCCAUGCCAAAGCCAGAGGCAACCAGGCCCCGCCGAGAGCGCCGGGACCGUGGACGCCGAGGGGGGGAACGUAAAGAUGCAAAGAAGGACGAGAACGGACAAGAGAGAGAGGGCCAGCAGUCCACGAGGAGACAUAGAGAUGGUGACAGGACUCGUCGCGACCGUCGACGAGCAGGAGGUGGAGGUGAAGCCCCGAAGCCGCGGCAGGAGGAGGCGAAGAAGCCAGCUGAACCUGAUUGGAGGCGCAGGGACCGCGGCGAGAAAGAUGUGGAGGCGACUCCAAAGCCUGUCGAGAAGAAGGGCCCACCAGCGCGAGAGCAAAAGGCGCCAAGGGAGCAAAAGGAAGCGCCCAGGGAACCAAGAAAAGAGAACGGGGCCGGUCACGAGAAGAAGCCCGAAAAGCAGGGCAGCAGGAACUCCGGCGAGGGGGACACUGGCAAAUUCCGGCCGCCGAACAGAAGGUCGCAGGACUCCCAACCGCGCCAAUCACGACAGACCUCAGGCCGUUCAGAGGAUGGUGGCCGAAAUCGUGGUGACCGCCGCAGGUCUGGCAAUGGGAACCGAGGCCAAGGCUCCAGUGCGGAGGCCUGGUUUGCCAGCCGGAUGGCUGCUGCGGCUUGA